AUGUCGGGCAUACCUCGAUACAACAAUGCACCACUAAAUGCACGAUCGGGAGUCGCUGACCCUGCACCCUCGGAAUCCACAUCCACAUCCACUUCAACGGCAACAUCAUCAGCACACCGCAACCCCACCACCACAUCACCACCUCGCACUUCGUAUGCACGCGCGCAGCCCGCAGGAGUAGCAGCUGCCGUACCCCGCGCUACCGAGCUCGCCCCCCCGCCACGUUACGCGUGCGCGCCUGCAAAUGCAAAUGCAGGCGUGACGGUGACGGAAACCCAGAGGCCACCGCCAACACGCACGAUAAAAGAAGAUUCCGAGGUGCCUGCUACACCGCAGCCAGGUGCGCUUCCGAUGCCGCCAACUGGGUUCGCGGGUACUGGUUAUGGGGGCGCUAGGACUGCACCUCCUGCUCCUCCGAGAGCGGGGCUUGCUGCUUCUAUAAUGCCACUUGGGCUAGAGAAUGUGGAUGGGGUGCAGAAAGAGAAAGUGCAUGGGAUGAAUCGAAAUACUAUGGGGUACUAUCCCCCUCAGAUGGCGAUCCCACCGCCCAGUGUUACCCGCGCACCGUUUUCUUCGACGCUGACGAUGGAUGCGGGUACGGCAGCGAGGACACAUAGUACGAUGCAUAUGCAUCCUCAACCGGUUUCUGUUGGUGAUGCAUAUGCACAUGCACGACAUGAAGAGGCGGAGAAAAUAGAGAGAGGAGGUGGAUAUGAGGGUGGAUAUGAGAGACGCAGUUUGGAACAUCCACCGGGUUAUGUGCAGAAUGCGUAUGCGGCUGAAUUGAGUAGUGAUCAGAGGAGAGCUAUGGAGGGAGAGGCGAAUCGAAGUGGGGGUUUGGGUUUGGGUAUGGGUAUGGGUGGGGGUGAGGAGGAGGAGGGUAUCUGGGGGAGUGCGAAGAGGUGGGUGGGGAGUGCGGGGAGUAGGUUGAGUGAGGGGGAAAAGGAGGUUUGGAGGAGGAUUAAUGGACAGUAG